AACUUUACCAUACCAGUGCACUUUUGGUACUGGAGUUUUAAGGACUACAUACUGUUGCUCACUUUGCUGUUUUGUUUUUUGUUCAGUGAUUCAGUUCAGUAACCACAGGAGAUGUGUUAAGAGUCCUCAGCAGUAAAGAACAACUUUGGGUCACUGGAGUGGAGAAAUGGCAGGUGACACAACUACAUCUGAGGAUGUGCGCUCCUCCAGAGUCAUCAGGGUGGUUUUCUUGGCACUGCUGCUUGACUUGCUGGGUUUCACAUUAAUACUUCCCAUGCUCCCCUCCAUCUUGGACCACUACAGUCAAACUGGGGACAGUGUGUAUCAGUCAUUACAGAGCGUAGUGGACUGGUUCAGAGGGGCGGUUGGAGUUCCUAUGGAAACUAAAUAUAACAGUGUUCUUUUUGGAGGUCUGAUAGGCUCUCUCUACAGUUUGCUACAAUUUCUGUCAUCGCCCAUUACUGGGGCUCUUUCAGAUGAUUAUGGAAGAAAAAAAAAAA